AUGAUGCGAAGCCUUGUAUUGCUCGCGGCUCUGGCCGUGGCCGCUUUUGCCGCCGACUGGAAGACGGAUGAUAACGUGAUUAUCGGCACCGACGAUAAUCUGGCCAAGGUCUUGGAAGCCCAUGAGUUUGCCCUCGUCGAGUUUUAUGCCCCCUGGUGCGGUCACUGCAAGUCGCUGGCCCCUGAAUACGCCAAGGCGGCCGGCCAGCUCAAGGCCACCGAUGCUAGUGCCGUCCUCGUUAAGGUUGAUGCUACCACUGAGAACAAGUUGGCUGAGCAGCACGAAAUCCAGGGUUACCCUACCCUGAAGUGGUUUGUCAACGGCAAGGCCUCGGACUACACUGGUGGUCGCUCGGCUGCCGACAUUGUUGCCUGGAUCAACAAGAAGUCUGGCCCCCCCGCCAUCCCCGUCACCACCGAAGCUGCCCUCGCCGCUGUGACGGAGAGCAACGAUGUUGUUGUCCUCGGCGUUUUCGCCUCGGAGACUGAUUCCAAGGCUGAGGCCUUUAUUGCCGCCGCCAAGGAUUCGGAGCUCACCUAUGCCAUCUCUACCAACAAGGCCAUCGCCGACAAGUUUGACCUGGCCGUUCCCGGCGUGAUUAUCCUCAAGGACUUUGAUCAAGGAAACACCAAGUUUGAGGGUGAUAUCGAGACCGAGGCCAUUGCGGCCUUUGCCGUGGCCGAGUCCCUCCCUCUAGUGAUUGAGUUCAGCGAUGAGACCGCCUCCAAGAUUUUUGGCGGUGACGUCAAGAGCCAUCUGCUCAUGUUUGUUGACACUUCUGACGAAGAGUUCCCCAGCCUGAAGAAGUCGCUCGAGACUGCCGCCCAAAAGUACAAGGGCAAGCUUCUUUUCAUCUACAUUGAUGGCAACAAGGGUGACAACGGCCGCAUCUUCGACUACUUUGGCGUGGAUCAGACCCAGGACGUCCCUGCUAUCCGCGUCAUCAACUUGGAAGCUGACAUGGCCAAGUACAAGUACGAGAGUGACCUCAUUGAUGAUGCCGGUCUCCUCGAGUUUUGCGAGAAGUAUGUGACUGGCACCCUCAAGCGCCAUUUGAUGUCCGAGCCCACCCCUGAAGAUUGGGAUGCUGAGCCCGUCAAGGUUCUCACUGGCGAGAACUUUGAGGCUGUCGCCCGCGCCGACCAGGACGCCUUUGUCCUCUUCCAUGCCCCCUGGUGCGGUCACUGCAAGUCUCUGGCCCCGAUCUGGGACAAGCUCGGCGAGAAGUUUGAGGAUCAGUCCAUCGUCAUCGGCAAGAUUGACGCCACUGCCAACGAGGUCGAGGACAUUGCCAUUGAAUCCUUCCCCACCCUGAUCUACUUUUCCAAGGGCAAGGAGGCCGAGCGCUAUGAGGGUGGUCGCGAUCUCGAUGCCCUCGUGACCUUUGUCAACGCCAAGGCCGGCGUCUCGGUUGAGGUCACCGACGCCGACAAGACCCAGGUCGAUGAUGAGGCUGAGGAGUACGACGCCUACGAAGACGACAACCUUGAAGGACACGACGAACUCUAAACCCGCUGUCUUUGUCGUUUGUCAUCGCCGUCCCUGAAUCGAUGCUUGCGUCUU